AUGGAUGAAGAAGAAGAAGAAAGAAAUAUAUUUACAAAUUACAUUCAUUGUAAUGUGAAGUUUUCGGAGAUCAUACAAACAUGGAAGUUGGCGUCGCCAGAAAAUUGUCCAUCUCGAUAUUCUUUUUUUAUGAGAUUAAAAUCAUUGCGUGGAAUGAAAUCACAAGAAAGUAAAAAAAGUGAGAAGAGAACAAGCAAAGAUAAAAAGAGAAGAGAUUUCAGUUAG